AUGAGUAGUAAUAAUAAUCAAUGUAUGAUAAUGACGACACCAGUACAUCAUAAAGUUGAUAGCGAAGACAACGAGCUCUCUGGAAAUUCAUACAUCGAAAACAAUGAUAUGCUGAAUGAUGUUGAUCUUGUAAAUGGGCCGAAUCCCUGGCUUCCAGCCUACGGAUAUCAGAUCCAGCAUCAGCAGACGUACAAUCGGCCUACACAUGAGGAACAGUCUAAUGAAAACUGUCUAAGUCAGCAGAUUGAUUUCCUGGAGACGAUAUUCGAGGAAACCUCAGAGGAUCUUCAGAGCGAUUCUGAUAGAAGUGAUGGAGAGCAAUUAGAUAGCAAUGAGAGUGAGUGUAAUUCAAUGGUGCCAGAUAAAUGUCGCUGUCAAAAUAACACAACCGAGUGUUAUUGUUGGUGUAAAUCAUCAUCGACAGCUUUAAUGAAAGAUAAUAAUCGUUGGUCGACGUUACCUCGCUCGCUGUCAAGAUCAUCGACGUCAUCGUGCUCGUCGUCUUUAGUACAAUUUGAAAAUAAUGAACGAGCUUGUGCAGCUGUUUCGCCUUCAGGCUACAGUUACGACUCUCUUGAAUACUCAAACUGUUCGAAUUCUUACUUUGAUAACACGUCCCCAGACAGUUUAGAGGAUUCAGAGACUGAAAAUUAUAAUCCGUCAAAAAGAUUCGAUUCGAACAACGACAAUGUACAAUUUUUUGCAAAGAUCCGUCCGUAUAAAAGCUUUGAAAGUUUGGAUACUAGUUGUGAUAAUAGUCAAUUUGUUGGUAUGACUACUUUUAAGCAGCCUAAACUCAAAAGAGACGUUUGGGAGCCACGAUACGAUGAAGAAAAAAAUUAUCUUCGAAGCACUUUGGAUAGUGAUAAUAAUUAUCGUCAUCAAGCAAGCAUGGAGUGGACAAGUACGAUAGACCUGCGUGAAAUAGGUUUGGAAUCUGAUGGCCGAGAGGCUGUGCUGUUGAAUCUUACUCGUUCACAAGUUGGCUCCUUCUCGGAUUCACCUUAUACUAAGCUAAAUAUAGAUUACAGCAGCAACAACCAACCGUCGAGAAUUAUCCCCGUUGAACAACGAGGGUGGAGCAACUCGAUGUCGUCCGAUUUUAAUUUUAGAUUCACCAACAAGUCCCGUAGUGUACCCAGUCUACCAACAGACUUGGACGGAUUGUCAACUGACUAUUUAACUCGUAAUUUAUACUGUAAUGAUAUUUAUGAUACCUCAGUAAGUAAUACUGGUUUAUCAUCAUUUAAAUACUCGGAAAAUUUUACACGGGUUAACAGUGUACCAGUGAAUCUCAAUUUAUUUGGAUCUUUUGAUACUGCUAAUGAGCAAGUCGUAUCAAUAACGUAUGAUUCUAUGAAUUCUGAGCAUAAUAAUUGUGAAAUGGCGGACUACCAACCCAAUGAAAUGGCACAUUACCAGUUCAAUACUAUUAUUUCCAAUAAUACCGAGGAUAAUGACAUAAUAGCCAAGGGAAAAGUUAAAGAAAUACCAUCUAUUGAAAAUGAAACUGAACAAAUUGAUAAUAAUUGUGAUAUUUCAUCAUCUGCUAUUUUAAAAGAAAAUAUCAAUGAUGAAAGUAAUAAUAUUGUGAAGAAAAAAACAGUUAAAAUUCAAGAUCGUGGAUUCGAUGUGCUGACUAUUGAAAAUAAUAUUGACGCAGUUGUCGACGAGGCAAUACGUCAGCUUGGAAGUAAAGUCGAGGAGAUAAUAACUUCUCCAGAUAAUAUGGAGCAAGUUAAGGAUAGCAUUCCGCGAACUCCCUCUACCAAAGAUCGUUCAAGACGAGUCAAAAAUAAUGCUAGUUAUGAAUUAGCGCAACAGUGGGAAAUAGAUGAUAAAAUUUUCAAAUAUUCACCAUCGUCUUCAGCUGCAGGCUACUCAUCACCCAAUACACGCAAACGGGUUCUCAAUAACGCAAGUUACGAGUUGGCUCAGCAGUCGGAUUAUAUAAAAGCCCUUCAUUUGACCUCUAGACCCUUUCAACGUAUGGAUGCUUGCGAUGAACUUAAUGAAGCUGGUUUUGGUGACCAAAAAUGUGGUGCUAGUUCAUCGGCUGGAGCCGGUGACAGGAACCAGUCGGAUGAUAAUAAUUUAUUGAGUCAGAUAAAAAAAAACUCUGUUUGUUUUUCAAUUUAUGGAGAAACUGGUAAUUGUAUUCCAAACGCUGUGGGACCCAUUUUAGACGAUGAAGUAGAUUUUUCAUAUUUAGAAACAAAAGUUAUUGCAAAUGAGCCAGUAAUUAGAGAGUUUGAGUCGUUAUUAUUGUCUACUGGUAAUGAUAAUAAUAGUAAUUAUAGUAAUGAACAAAAAGAAGAAGAAGAAGAAAUGGAUAUUAAUUGUUGUGAUAAUUUAACUAAUAAUAGUAAUAAAAAAUUAAAUGAUUUUGAAGUUGAAAAUAAUAGUGAAGAUCCAGAGUUAAAUGAAUUUUGUAUUAGCAAUGAGAUGGCGCUGUUAGUUGACAAUAGUAACUUAAAAGUGAAUGGAGCAGGUAUAAACGAGGGGGUAUUUACAGAGAAUAAUCGGCAGAACCCCCAACCGAUCGAGGAGGAAGAGAAAUUGCCUAUGGUAUUGGUUGAAGAAAGCAUCUUAAAGAAAAAUCCGUCGGAGGUGGGAGAAAUUACUCGACAGCAGCAUAAGCAACAAUGCACUGAACCCAAGCCUACUCAACAAAACAUAGUUAAUACUACAUCUGUAGUGUGUAAUCAUGCUUUAACUUCAGAGUCGAAUACACGAUCUGGUAAUUCAAUAGUUGGGCGCGACCUCGACGAGUGUGGGACGGAGAGUGAGGGAAAAAAGGAGGAAGUUAUUUAUGAAGGGAGCGAUAACCAGCCGUGGAGCAAACCGAUGUUAGUUAUGUUGACGAAGAGCUUGGAGAACGAUCGUCUAGAUUCAACUACCGCGUCAUUAUCAACAACAAAAUCAACAGUACCAACAACAAGAUCAACUAUGGUGACAGUACCUCCUGCAAGUGACGCUACCAUGAGUGAAGACGAUAAAAAUAAAAAAAGCCGUAUUGGUGGUUUUUUGCAACGUUUUUCGAAAUUCCGUUUUAGUGGGCGUUCUAAGAGUCCACGACUGGAUGCCAGUAAUAAAAAAAGUAAAAUAAUAACAGAUACGCGAUCAUGUGGAACGCAAUCCGUAAAUGUAGGCAAAAGAGUUGCUGAACAUAAUUAUAUUAUUAUACCGUUACAUGCACCAGAGGAAGAGACGAAUAAUGAUCAAAGGAGACAACAACAACAACAACAGCUAUGUGAAAUUUCAAAAAACACAAGCGUCGCUGAUAACAACCCAGAGCUCAAUGCUUCGUCUGUUGGGACAAACGGGCGAGCAGCAGUGUGUAUGAACAAACCGCCUUUACCGCCGCUACAGAAUGUCCGCGCGUGUGCAUCAGCAAGUAUUCGAAGUACGUCGUCUCCAGAGCCAGCUGGGACGCGCCGGCGCGCGAUAACAGACUUAGGAAACCCGGCUAUUAUCAAAAUGGCGAAAGCUCGUGCAAUGCAGCAGCAGCAGCAGCAGCAGCAGCAACCUCAUCACCAUCAUCUUCAUCAUCUGAACUAUCACCAGCAUCACCAGUCAGCCAGCCAAAUGAAAGACCAUCCAGGCGGGUUGCUCGAGACGGAUCUUGACGCGGAUAUACACCACGGGGAGCCAGAUAUCAACGACGGGAGUAUUAUCAACGACGGUGCUUCCACGACUGACAAAAAAACCCGCAGUCUACUCAACCUUACUCAUACGUCACGUCAAGGCCGUGAAAACGUACUGUUGCGCGUACCUCAGUCGCCAGCAGGGUUUAGUUGCGACGGAAACACCAGUGACCAUCCUGACUACGACGUCACUGGUGAACACAUCAACCACAAUCGUCCUCAUAAAUCCAUGGAGUUUCUCCUAGAUAAGGAGAAUUUACAUUUUAUAAAGCCUCCUGAAAAUGAGCUCCAGAAAGGAAUGGCGGCUGAACGUGUACCUAGUGAGCACGAGCUAAGAGUCCAGAGGUCAUUGCAACGAUUAAAUGUACCAGAUUGGUAUAAAAAUUCACCAGCAGCUCGUGAUGGAUUUCGGUUAAAGCGGCAUUCAGAUGCGUCUCAACACAGCGGAUGGCGUUCGCUUGGUUCUAAAACCACAUCGUUAUCUUCCCUUUCAUCGUCUUCCAAUCUCCGGCAACCUAGCAGAGGACUGCUUUCAAGUCCAACGCCGCAGCCGGUAUUCUCUCGAUGGAGCACAAGUUUAUUAAACAGCGCUGGCAGUUCCCCGGCAAACUCAAUAGGAUCAUCAUUUAAUUAUCGGCAACCCUACCUUGGAUGGCGCUCCCAGGAACGCCUGGCGAAUCCACGAACACCUGCCGAGCGACUUGCUCAAGGCAUCCUCCCACAGCUGGACCCCAAGCAGCAGCAACAGCAAGAUCACCAGCAACACCACCAAGAACAAGAACAGCAACAACAACAACAACAACAACAACAACAACGAACUAGCCACCAGCUGGAUGUGAGGAAUUCGAUAAAAGAAGUUACCUCAGCUAUAGUUCACUAUGUACAAAGCGGUCAGGAGGCAACUGUAAAAGGCGGAAGGCUUUCUCCUCGAUUUAACGACGAUAACAACGAUGACAGAAGUGAUAAUUAUCAUCAUCGAAAUUACGAAGAUAGAUUCGCCAGUCCCAGAGGUGAAGGCAUUAAAAUGUGCUGGAUGGAGAGCUCGUUUGUUGGAACACGACCGGUUGACUCGCCGGAAACGCCAGUGAGUUUGACAGCAGACAAAGAGUGUAGUUGUACAGGAUGUGAUGCUACGGGAACAACUAAAUCGUGUAGCUGUAUAGAAUCAACCACUAAUUCUGGACUUUAUCUGGAUUUAGCCCAAAGUGACGCAAGUAACUGUCCCUCCCCGUCUUCGAGUUAUCAUCGGGAUACGUCUCAACAACGAUACAGUCAUCAUCGUGAAAUGAUGGAAGACAUGAAAGAUACCCAAACGACGGCAAUGACGGCCGCGUUUUUCCGGAAUAAACCGAGUCCCGGAUCAACGACACUAGAAGAUGUGCUUGAUUCUCUUCUGGGUUUACCGUCAGCUUCAUCACGGACGCCGAGCCCCGGAGGAAAAACUGGAAAGAGUUGCAGUGAUUUACGUCAAGACCUCCAAGAGUCCGUUAAACAGGAUCUAACUGAGUCUACGGAGAAACCGAACCUAAAUAACGAACGUAGCAAAGAUCGUCGUAAAAGUGAAGGCAGUGAUAUUGUGCCACUAUCUCAUCGUAAUAUAUCAUCAUCACGUAAUCGUCGUGUCUCCUUUGAUAAUACUGCCACUGUUGAUAAAUACCUGGUAAAAUGUCGUCACAAUAAAUGUAACAAUACAACGACAUUAGUUGAAGCACGUAGAGUAUACAAGAGCUGUCAUUACUGCAUGUAUUUAUACUGUUCUCGAGACUGCAGAAGAGCUCACUGGCAACGUCACCGCAAAACAUGUCUGCAUUCGCGUGUCGGCGCCAUUUGUCGGCAAGUACUGUCAAGCGCUAAAGACGAUCCGGCGACGCUUAAACACAUUUCACUGUUGGCGAGACACGGAUAUAUGGCCCACGGAAGAGGCGCGGUUAAAUUUUUCUUCACCAGUCCCGAGUUGGCGGAAAAAUUUAUCAGCAAUGGCUUCAAAGAUCUAGGAGAGCCCACCUAUGUCCGCUCGUCUGAUCUUCUGCUCAGUGAAAUGGGCACUGAACUUUACGCAGAGGUCAUGCGGCUUUGCAAGUCUUAUAACCCAGAAACAAGGUUGGUCCUUUAUGUUGCGGUUUGUGUUGUUAAUGAAGUACCGUCAACUGAUGUCGGUGGUGUUAGGUGGGAGCGACAGUUAAUUUCUCGUUGUGGUAAAAUACGCUUAGACGCUAAACCACAUCAUCACCACCACCAUCAUCAUCAUCAACAUCAACAUCAACAUCAACAUCAACAUCAACAUCAACAUCAACAACAACAACCUCAUCAAUCACGUCAUCAGCAUCAUCAACAACAACAGCAACAACAGCAACAGCAGGAACAUCAGCAGCAGCAGCAGCAGCAGCAGCAGCAGCAGCAGCAACAGCAACAACAGCGUCAAGAACAUCCUAAAGAAUCAUCAUCUUCACAACCAACAUCUUCUUCACCAGCAUGUAAUAUUACCCGUGAAAUGGAAUCACCUGAAACACUUGUAUUCACAUCAUUACCACAAUCAAACAGUGCUGGAGAACCAGAAACAACUCCGAAAAAAAUCCGUGAAAUUGGUUUUGCGAAUAUUCAGCGGCAAUUAAGAUUACGUGGGGUAUCUCUCAGAAGACACUUUCCUCAGGUUUAUAAAAAGUUAUGCUCCUACGUCGAUGGAUCCGUAGAUAAAUUUGCACCUGUUACGAUUUAUCCAAUAGACCAGGCCUCUGGAAAAAGUUUUAUGUGCAUUAUAAUGCUUGAUGUCGAACCCGAAAGGCUUAGGCUUUUGCCGACUGAUUCGUCACGGGUGAAAACUAUUGAUAUUAGUGCCAUUGAACAGGAG